AUGGGUAAUGUCCAGAGUGUAUUGGAGUUGACCGAAGAAGAAUGGGAGAGUACAACGAGAACAAACUUAACCGGAACAUGGUUGGUGUCAAAAUACGUAUGUAUACGUAUGCGCGACGCGUAUCACGGAGGAUCAAUCAUCAACAUCUCAUCAAUUGCGGGUCUUGACCGUGGUCAACUCCCCGGUGGUCUCGCUUACGGCACUUCAAAAGCAGGUGUUGUCACGUUGACCAAGGUGAUGGCUAUGGAAAUGGGAGUGUAUAAGAUUAGGGUGAACUCGAUUAAUCCGGGGCUUUUUAGGUCGGAGAUCACGGAGGGCUUAAUGGAAAAGGAUUGGCUGAAUAAUGUGGCUGAAAGAACGGUUCCAUUAAGAACAUUUGGAACUGCGGAUCCAGCCUUGACAAAACUAGCGAGGUAUCUGAUCCAUGACUUGUCCCGAUACAUCAGUGGCAAUGUGUUCAUAGUCGAUGCGGGUGUUACCCUACCGGGUGUCCCGAUUUUCUCUUCACUUUAG